ACAUCGUCUGCAACUCAAAUAUAUAAAGUAUUUUUAGACGAAUUGUUAGGUGAUUACACUUAUAGCAGUGAUGAUUCUGAGAAUGUUGCCAUGUUUCUUAUCCGUGUACCGGUAAUCUAGAGUCCGUGGUUUGAGCAUUUUUAUCGCGGUGUUCAAUAAAAGAUAUCUCAAUAAUCUUGUUUAUUGAUAGAUCUGUGGUUUUAUUGCCCCUGUGUUCAGCACAAACCAAUUAUCUCGUUAUGAUCAGAUACUGUGCCGACCAAUACUAAAUAACACUAUGGUGUCAUACGCCACAGCAGGGACCUAUACUUGUGAUCAUGGAGUCUAAGUGCAAGACUUAAAAAAGUAUGUUGUUUCGCUUGCGGUUGUUAAAGCCAAAACGGGGCUUCCCAGCUGGCACAGCUGCUGAUAUUCGGAUCUGAAUACUUAAACUUAUUCAGACCUUAUUCUUAACCGUUGCGCGUUUUACGAUAUCGGAUUUUAGGCGGGAAUACAACUCAGUGAAACUAUUCAAUUUCUUAUACAACAUUAAGCAUAUUAACAGUUAUUGAAAUUAACAAUAUCAGCGACAUCUCUUUAAAGACUAAACACCUUUUCAAGUAUCGAAUUUAACCUGUCAAUAAAAUAUAUUAAUACCAAAAAAGGUUUCAUUUAAUAUUGUUCACAUUAAACCUUUAAAUGAAAGUGUCGCUUUAACUAUUUUCCGUGUCUUAUUAAGCCGCGAAUCGUUUGCUAAAAACAGUUAACAAAAAGGGCUACACGUUCUAAUUCUUAAUUAAAUACAAAAAUAAGUAUAACAUAAUUAAUAACGUCCAUAAACACACACGGCAAGAUCAAAGUUUUAAUGGAAAACUAAUAUGACAUUCCACGUAAAUUAUUAUUUUCGUCUAAAUCGAAUACUAUAUAUAGAGAAACAAUGUAUUUAUAACCGACCAAUGAGGUAACAUUAUGCAACUUUCAAUUUACACAGUGCUAUAUGGCAACAAUAUGGAAUUUGAACAGUGGUAGUGUUUUAAGGUCUGGACUAUCAUUACUUGUAAGUUUGUAUAAACAUUUUUCUAAUGCAAUUAGUAAAAUAAUGUUUAUAUUUAAUGUUUAAUAAUUUAUUGCAUGAUUAUUCUGUGCUGUUAUAUGAAUUUGAUGCCGUUAAAGCUUCCGACAUGAAUUCAUGUCGGAACGAUGCUAUUGCAAAAUAACGUUAAACGAUAUGAGGUCGAUGUAAAUCGACCUCAUAUUUAUAGGAGUAAUAACGAAGUAGCUAUAAAAAAUAUGAUUAUUUAGAAGUGGUGAUGUAUGCAGAUAUUACAAGGCGAGUGGACAAUGACACUCAGUUGAAUUAACUGAAAGUUUGCCAUUGCAUUAAAAAGGGCAUGGAAUCCAAUGCAAACAAUACACAAUAUCCACUGUGUUGUGAGAUUGAGUCAUCAGCGGCCAGAAAUUAAAAUCACCCAUAUAUAUUGACACCUCCUGUAGACUCGUAAAAUAUAAUUAUCAAGUGAUAAGGACUUCAUCUGCUAGAUAAUAUAGUGAGCGUGACACUGUGUUGAUCAAGAAAUGUUGACAAAUGCCAAUCUUUGUGAUGAGCGAGAGAUAUCAGCAUCAAGUGACCAUGAAGUUACAGACAUGUUGACGUCUAAUGACAUCUUUUAUAGCGUCAAUAAGGAGCUGUUCUGGUGCGACACCUGUGGACGUGGUCUGGGGGACCUGAUAAGCUUGAGGCAGCAUGUUGCGGAGCACAUUGUUGAUGUCAUUGCAGACAAAAAUGACACCAACGCAAGCCACAGCUUACAUGCAGGCCUUUUAAGUUAUCAACAAGCUGUAACAGAGGGAGAUGUGAAGGAAAAAUUAGAAGACACUACACUAGGGGCUACUGUCUGUCAAGAGACUGCAGGGGUCCAUUAUACUUGCUCCAUAUGCAGGGCAGAAUUCUCAGUAUUGCAAGAGUUCAGAAAACACCAACAUUUACACACUGGAAAUGGCAUAACAACUCCAAAUGAAAAAGGGCUUCAACUCAACAAGGGGUUUAUUUCGUCAAACAACCUCCCUAAUCAUAAAGUGAUUGGCAGCAGAGAGCGACUUCAUCUCUGCAGCUUGUGUGGAAAGGGCUAUCUAUGUCUCUAUGAGCUCACUUAUCAUAAUAAAAGAGUUCACACUGGAGAGCUACCACACAGUUGCACAGUGUGUGGAAAGGCCUUUCUUUUUAGCUCUGAGCUCACUCAGCAUAUGAAAAGACACACGGGAGAGCUACCACUCAGUUGCACAGUGUGUGGAAAGGGCUUUCUCUUUAGCAGCGAGCUCACUAAGCAUAUGAAAAGACACACAGGAGAGAGGCCACACAGUUGCAGCGUGUGUGGAAAAGACUUUGCCACACGAUCGACACUGAAUACACACAUGUGGUGUCAUAAAGAAGACCGGCCACUUAGUUGCAACGUUUGCGGAAAGGGAUUUACAACUCGCACCGAACUCACAAAUCAUAUGAGUAUUCACACAGGAGAGCGGCCACAUAGUUGCAGUCUGUGUGAGAAGGCCUUUGUCAGCCGAUCCAAACUAAAUAAGCACAUUCGUGUUCAUAAAGGAGACCGGCCACAUAGUUGCAGCGUUUGUGGAAAGGGAUUUUUCAAGCUUUGCGACUUCAAAUAUCAUAUGAGUAUUCACACAGGAGAGCGGCCACACAUUUGCAGUGUUUGUGGAAAGGGAUUUUUCAAGCUUUGCGACCUCACAUAUCAUAUGCGGAUUCACACAGGAGAGCGGCCAUAUAGUUGCAGUGUUUGUGGAAAGGGUUUUAUAACCAAUAAUAACCUUACUAAUCAUCUGAAGUACCACACGGGCAAUCGGCCACACAGUUGCAGUGUAUGUGGAAAAGGAUUUGUCACCAGCAGCGACCUCAAAAAACAUAUGAGGAUUCACACUUAAGAGCGGCCACACUGUUAAAGCAUUUGUGAAUAGGACUUUGUUAAAGACUUCUACCUCACUAAGCGUAGCUUGCGGCUGUACCUUUGCAGCGUGUGUAGGAAGACUUAUUAUAGAAUCUGAUCUCAAUAGUAGGUAUAUAUUGAUUCAAAGGGAAAAUUGGCCACAGAAUUGGAGCGUGUGUGGAAAGGGAUUCACCAGAUCUCAACCGCUUGAGGUUUCAUUUAGGAAAGUGGCUGCACAGAUGAUGCUUAUGAGAUGAAAGCUUUUUCAACUACAUCCUUCCUGAAAGCGCACUUAAGGUGUCACACCAUGGAAAAACCUUUCAUAUGUUCUAUGUACUGGAUGAGUUUCCGCCAAAGAGGUAAUCUGGAUAAACAAAAUGGAGCCACAAUAAUGGAUGCAGAUAUGAGUUCCUUACUUGCAACAAGAAAUGUGUAAAGUUCUUGGCAUUAAAUACUUUUUUUAUCAUGGUUAACAGAAAAAGAAACGCAAGCUUUGCACAGUUUAAGAGAAAUGUUUGAUCAGAAGUUUCAUGCACAGGGAUGUAAGUUUACCUUGAUGUGGCCAAUUAUUGAGCAUGUAGUGAUAGUAUUCGUUCGAACGUUAACUUUUCCUGAAUAUGUGAUAAACUUGCUUCAGACUUUUAUGAAUAUAAAUAUUUGCUUUGACUUGAAAA